AAUCGAUUUUACAAACUCUUUCACAUCCGGUACGACGUCGGCUCGUCGAAGUGCGAGGAAAAGCAGAUUUUUUCCACUACCCGUAGAUUGAAACCCGUUCGCAACCAGCCAGCACCCGUGACGGCCCCACCGGGGUUGGAAACUGUUCCGGAUAACUGUGUCCCAUCUACCCGGCGGUUCCGGUCGGUUCCGCUAGCCCUAGGUCCGGUGGCAGUCGUGCAAUCGUGCUAAUGUGUGUACGGGGCGAGAGAAAAAAAGGAAGCCGACUACAGCUUUUCGUGCACAGCCAAGAAGUAGCAAGCAAGAGUGAGUGUGUGAAGUAGAAGAAGUAAGAAGAAAAGAAGUGCGCCACCCCAUUUUUUCUCGGCUUCGACGGUGUUCGACGGUGAUUGCUGGCCAGCACGGGGACCGUGCCGAUGUGCCGGUGCGUGCGUCUGCGUGUGUUGGUGGUGUACGGUUUGGGCAUAAGCAACCCCAUCUCUAGUGGAAAUAUAUUCCAAUCGCAGUAAUCCAAUUGGUACGCGGUGCUGUACUGAAAGUUAGCAUAGCAAGACACGAGAGAGAGAGCAAAGCACGGCGUCGAGAUCUUCGGUUCGAAACAAAUAGCAAGUGACGAAGCAUUCUAUUGACAAGCGGCGUGGAAGAGGAGCAAAUCCAUCCAACUAAACGGUGUGAAAAAUUCGGCCAAUUGCCACCAUCGGCGCGCUGUACGCGCUGGGUGGAGACGAGUGACGUUAUUUUAGUUGCUGUAUUAUCUGUUGUGUUUCCUUCCUUUUUCGGGAAAAUUCCGGAAGGAGGUGCGGUGCAUACGUGCGUGUGUGUGUCUGUCCCAUAAAAUCUUUCGCAUAUGGUGUAGGAAGAAUCACCGUGUGUUCAGGAUAGUGUGUGCAUAAGUGUAUGUGUGCGUUGCGUGCGUAUAACGAUAGUGUGAAGUGUGUUGUGUAGUGAAAAGAAGAAGAAGAAGUUGGCAGCACUUUUUUAUUUUCCUCCAGAGCGCUCGUGCUCGACGUAACCAGAUCGACCUACUCAACGGGCACAGGGCAGGGGAAAAAAUUGGCCAGUAAAAUUGGGUUUCCCUAUUCAAAACACACACACUCCCGACACGGUAACCCUUGAGGUGUGGACGGUGGAAUAAUACGUAUGUCCGUCGUCGUUAUACUGCCCCAUCAACACAGUAGUGCAACCGAGCUGAUUGAUACAUUUUACACGCGAUAGGCAGAUAGUGGCAAAGACGGCUAACAGACGGGCCACAGUAAUCAGGAGCCUUGAAGCACUUUUCUUCAGCAGUACAGCCGCGGUAUAGUGUCAGUGUAAUGUGUUGAUUGAAGUGUCAAGUACGUACAUAAUAUAUGGUAGCUACUUCGAUUUGCAAAACCCGCUCGCAAGUGAGAAAACCAUCAUCCCGGGCAACGAUUGCGGUGGUGACGAAUGUCUUCGUCAUCGUUUUCAGCUCAUCGUUCUAACCCUCGCCAUCGACAUCAUCACCGCCAGCGCCAGCAGCAGUGCCCUGCAUCGGCCGUACGGACGGCGGAUGUGCUGUUUCCUACGUCUCCAUGCGAUGGAGCAGCAGCUUGAAACGCCGAUGCGGUUGCUGAUCGUUUUGUAAUUGCGUAGCUUACACAGAAGAGAGAGCACACACACACACAGAGGGAGAGCGAGUAAGCAGUGAUGUGUCGGCAGGAGUGUUUGAACGAUAGAUUGUGUUUUGGCUUUUGAAUGUGUUUCAAUGUAUAUGUGUGAAUUGCCGACAGACGGACAGCAUCGCGAAUGAGUUGGAAUGAAACGAAUGUUCAAAGAGGACCAUCAUUACUAGUGCAGUGGCGUGCUGCAGCAAGCGCGAAAAGUUGAUGAUGCCCGCACCAUCAUCUAGCCCACCCAAAUCCUUACGGUCCUUGCAGGGUUAGGGGUGGAUCGUAAAGCACACGGCUAUCACUCGAAGCGGCGAUCGGGGAACCGGCUUUCGGGACCGGUGCCAUCCACCGGGCCAGGGUAUCGGGAAAAUGAACAUUCGCUGGAAUCCGUCACCACCGGAACGUAACACCGCCAGCAACAGCAGCAGCCAUCGUCGAGAUCGUCGUGCCGUGCGUCGUUCUCACCGUGGUCGGGAAGGGUGCGAAAUCACACAGCAGCGACCGAACCAUCCUCCUCGGGACGGAUGAUGAAGCGUACCGAGGACGAUACGCGCGACGGUAGCAGCUAUCAGUUUCUAGACCUUACCGAUGCCGGCCAGAAUGAGGCGUCCGCACUGAUGGGAAUUCUGUACCCUGCGUCAUCCGAUGCUUCUUCCGUUGCCCAAGAGCCGUCAUCAUCCCGCGCACAACAGCGACGCGUAGCGUUCGGUGGUGGUCCUCCGAUGCCUCGACCGAAGGAGGUGGUGGUUGAACAGCAGCAGCACCCGACACAUGAGAAAGCUCACUUCCAUGCCGUGCUUCCGCAGGAGUUGACGCAGCUGAAUGGACUAAAUCCAAAUGCGCGCGCGUUCGACCCAGUUCCGGUAGUUUUUUUGCCCAGACCCCUGGCUGGAGCAGGCCCUAAACCACCUCGUUCGUUCGGCAAGGAGUAUCCGACGGAAUUGGAGAACGUGCCCGUACUAGCAACGGCACCGGGAGGACCAGGUGCAGGUGGCGCCAGCGGCGGAAUGAUGAUUGUUCCUGUGCGCAAACAUUCACUAGUUUCAGCGCCGAACCAUCCGCUGCCGCUGCUAGCUCAGUCAACGCCACCGUUGUCGUUGGCCACCGCUUCGGCCGCCGGUACUGUGGGGAUUGUUGCCCGAUCUUCUGCGCUACUGUCGGCAGGAGGUGGUGGGAGCGGCGGCGGCAGCGUUGGUCUGCUCCGUACUGCAUCGAUCGUCACAACGUCAACAUCAGCACCACCGCUGCCGAAUUUCGUGAACGAAGGCAACAGUAGUUCGUUCGUCAUCGAUACGGAGAAGGUGCUGGGCAGUGGAGAACAGUGGAUCGGCUUUUCGGUCCAGUCGACGGCCACGAGCGUCGCAGCAGGAGGAGGAGGAGGAGGAGGAGGAGGAGGUGGAGAAGUCAUAGCACGGACUUCCAUCGUAACGGCUGCGACUAUGCCUCCGCACACCAACAAUCCGCAUCACCUUCAGCAGCAGCAGCAACAGCAUCAGCAGCAGCUAGGUUCGGGAGCUAACAAUCAACAGCAGCAAACAGGCGGACAGCAGCAGCCCGGUCAAGGUCCACCCCAACAGCAGCCCCACAAUGUUGGCGGAAGAAGCGGAGGAGGAGGUAACGGAGCAGGCGGUGGUGUCACUGCUGGAGGGGAUACUGCUGGUGGACGAAACGCCGAUCGGGACAAUGGCAAUCAGCAGCAAAUGCAGCAGCAGCAGCAGCAAGCCGUCUCCGUUUCGAACCCGCACCAGCAGCAGAUGCUACCGCACAUGUACACCCCAAUACCGGCCUCGGCGUACAUCCCACCGGCACCGCACGGGAUGUAUCCUGUGCAGAUGCUGCCACCGACGGCAGCCCAGGUACCGAACAACGUGUUCGUGGGUAAUUUAACGGCGAACGUGAGCGUUCACGGCUACCCGGCGAUAUCGCCGUACCUGGCGACGACUGCCACACCGCCGGGCGCAUACAUGCAGGCGGACGUUGGGGCCGGUCCUGAGAUGCAGCUGAUGCCACCGGCGCCGGUAACGAUGUCGGGGCGCGGUACGAUGCGCCGCGGUGGGCGUAACAAUCGGGGAGGAAAUAAUUCACGAUCGCGGGGAGGUUACGUGCCGCACUACAUUCAGCAGCAGCAGCAGCACCAGCAACAGCAGCAACAAUCGUAUCACCACCAACAGCAACAUGCCCAGAGCUAUCAUCAAAGCCUGGCGCAGCAGCAGCAACAACAGCAGGGCGUAAUGCACCAUCAGGGCGGGCAACCACAGAUGCAGCAGCAUCAGGUGCAGCAGCAACAAUCGCAGCAGGGUGUUCAAGGUGGUGGAGGUCAGCAGCAAACUCCUCCCACGUCCGUCAGCGGUGGCGGCCAACAAUCACAGCAACAGCCGCAACAUCCGCCCCAGCAGCAUACACCCGAGCUGAUGCACAUCGAAGGUCCACCGAUGAUGAGUGCCGCCGGUGCCCAAUACGGUAAUCUGCACGGCGGGUUCUAUCUGCUGCCGCAUAUGCCUCAGCAUGCUUCCGGCACACCGCUGUUCAUGGCUGCGCCCCAGAUGCAGAUGUACUACAACGCGCCGCUGCACGGUUAUCCGAAUCUGGUGUAUCCGUACAUCCCGUCGGAGUAUCAAAUUUACGACGACGGCAAAGGUGAUGACGGGAGCGGUGGUCCGCCGCACGGAGGCCAGGGCCAGGGCCACGAUGAUCCGGGUGUUCACCCGGGUGCGGCAAUGUGGCCCCAGCCUCCACCGCACAUGACGCUGGACUAUCAUCCCGAAACGGGUGAAUAUUUGCCGGUGCACGAGGACGACGGUGCAACGGCGGGAAUGUUACCGCAGGGUCCACCACCACCGACGAUGGGCCACCACGUGCUGGAUCCAAAUGUGCCCGGGUUUACGAUGCAGAUGGCACCGGCUCCGAUUGUUUCGAUGCAGCAACAACCGCCGGACGAAUAUGGCAUGCAGCCGCAACAGCAAUCACAGCAGCAACAGCCACAGGUUGAAGAUUAUAAUGGCAAUGGAAAUAUUCCGGUAAGCUCGAAUGCUCCAGCCACCACCAUGCACUCUCCGCUAGUGGUUACCUCCGUUGCACAGCACAACAUCGUGGGAGGAAUUCCGCAGCCGGAAGAAAUGAUGGUGAGCGGUGGGUAUCUAGUGGGCCCGGCUGCUCCACCCCAACCGAUGACGACGAUGGAAGGAUCGACGGAGGUGUUGAUGGUGGCAGCGGAACAUCAACAGCAUCCAGGGCAGCCGCAGAGCGGUGUUAUCGAUGGUGCGCAACCGAUGAACAACAAUUUCAUUGUCGAUCCACAAUACAUUCAAGCCCAUCCUCCACCACCACCACCACACCACGUUCCAAUACAGCCAACGCCUCAUCAACAGCAGUCAGCUCUGCAGCAACAGCAACAGCCGCAGCAGCAACAAUAUCAGCCCGUUCCAACACUGCCACAAGCAGCUGCUGUAAGCAUGACGGACUCCUCUCCACCAUCAACCACCAAUCAAUCCUUCCAAGUGACGCAACACACGGUAGCAGCAGCCGGAGUUGUGGCAGGCAGUCUGGUAGACGCGAAUGGAAACGAUACGAACAACAACAGUAGCGUGAAUCGUAAAGCCGACAUCGUUACCUCACCGAAGCUCGUCGAUGCCGUUGUGAUGACAAACCACUCAUCGCCGUUGCCGUCCAGUGUGAAUGCUAGCAGCACCACCACACCAUCUCCCCAGCAAAAUGAGCGAACGUCGCCAGCGAUGACGAUGCACCAGCGAGGGUCAGAGGGCAGUAGUGCUGCCAGUAAACAGGCGUCCAAUGUGCCAAACCAAGGAUUCCAGCAGCAGCAGCAGCAGCAGCAGCAACAACCACCAAUUCUAGGUUAUGCAGCAGCCGUUGCAUCGCAAGCUCCGCCACGAACGCGCUCGGAACAGCAGGAAUCUUCCAUCAAGGGUACGCACGAAAGGAUGGAGAAACUUUCGCUAAAGGAUCAGGAACAAAGGCGUACCGGGGCGACGGCAGUUGCUUCCGCCGUGGUUGGUGGUGGAGUGAACCCGCAGCGGAGCAGUGCACCGCAGCCGACCGGGCGGCAAACGAACGCCGACAGUGGGUGGGUAAAUAAUAGCGGCGUUGGACCGAAGAAGGGAACCGCGUCGGUUUCAGUUUCAGCGAUACCGAACAAGGAGUUUCCUCCCGGUGCGUCGGGUGGUCAGCAUAACAAGAACAAUACUUCGCCGGUACCGUUCACGACGUUAGUUGGAACCGUAGCAACGGCACCUUCAUCGUCGAUCACCUCGACAUCGUUAUCUUCCAGCAAGCAGCAGCAGCAGCAGCAGCAGCAGAAACCUUUCUCGGAGCAUAACCAGCGCCCGUCGAGCGCAGUUAACGCCAGCAGUUCCUCGGCAGCCAGUGGGACAGUCAGCAGCGGAGCAGCGGUAGGUGGUGGCAGUAUCGGUCCGGCUGCAGUCGUGCCUCCGCAGAUGGAAUCGAAGAAAGUGGAAGCGAUUCCGCAGCGCACGGUUGCGGCGACAGCGGCAGCAGCAUCCGCGCCCGUGACAGCGAGCUCGGUCGGUGCAGCGGACGCUACGAAACAGCAGCAGCACCACCAAGAUGUGGUAAUUGUGCCUAGGUCCACUACCACCACCACUACUUCAACUUCCAUAUCUACUAACACUAACACGAUACCACCCGGUGGAGCGCCGCCGCAACCCAACAAAACCUGGGCGAGCCUGUUCCAAACGUCCUCAUCGUCGUCGUCCUCGUCACCGUCGUCGUCAGCGUCAUCCAUGUUGUCGUCCGCUGCGUCAUCGGUUUCAGCAACCCCAGCAGCAGCAGCAGCACCGCCGCCAUCGACUGUCACCGUCUCUGCAGUGUCUUCAGCGUCAUCGGGAACGAUCGGACCGGCAGCAGCACCGAGUACCACAACACCCGCAACAGGCGCAAUGGCUUCCGCAGCCUCGCAGCACCACGCAUCGACUGCAGCAGCUGCAUCGUCGGGAGUGAACUUUGCUGCCUCCUCGAACCGAGCUACAGCGCCGGCAGCGACCACCACCGUGUCGUCCUCGCCGACGGUUGGAAGUACUCCGUCCAGUAACGAUGCUGCUGCUUCCACGGCGGGUGCGAAAAAACCGGUAGCUAAGGUGCAACCGUAUGAAAGAAAUUAUCCACAGCCGUCAGCGACAGCCGCUCCCAUGUCGUAUUCAUCUGCAGCGGCUUCGACGCCAACCAGCGGCACAGGAAGCUCAUCGAGUCAGAUGUCCGCUUCCGCCAAAGGCAAGGGUACCCAAACUGCUGCAUCGAAGAAGACAUCGGCUGGCGAUGCGAACGCAUCAGCAACAGGUUCUGGUCCGGCCAUCGGAGAUGUGAAGGAUGAUUUUUCGUUGAAAUUUGGAGAUUUUCUCAGCGGAUACAGCAUCGAUAACGGCAGCAUCAGCAUAACGCCACGCGGUUUGAUCAAUCGGUCCAACUAUUGCUACAUUAACACGAUCCUGCAGGCGCUGGUGGCCUGUCCACCGUUUUACCAUCUGAUGCGCACGAUACGCAACCUUCCGGCGGCGAAAAAUUCGAAACACCCGAAACCGUUCAUCGAUGCCAUGUGUUCGCUGGUGAGCGAAUUCUCGCAGCUUCCGAUACGAUCGAAACCGGCGCGCGGCGAUAAGGGCAAGAAGGACGACAUACCAGAAAUACAGGUCGACACACCGUUCGAGCCGACCGUCAUCUACAAGAUGCUGAAUGGCAUCCGGUCGGACAUGUUCCAGAUUGAGGGCCGGCAGGAAGACGCCGAAGAAUUUCUCGGUUGUGUGUUGAACCGGCUUAACGAUGAAAUGAUAGAGUUCAUGAAAUUCAACAAAACUGAACAAGGAAAUGUGAAUGGCGAGGAGUCUGCGAACGGGGAGGUGCACGGCGAAGAAGAUGCUGACGAUUGGAUGGUUAUUUGCGGCAAUCGCAAUAAGGGUACGGUAACGCGUACCACCGAUUUCGGACGUUCCCCGAUUAGCGACAUUUUCCGUGGUAAAUUACGUUCCCGGGUGCAACGCGAUGGCGUGCCGCCGACCUACAACAUUCAGCCUUUUUUCACGCUUCCCUUGGAUAUUGAGAAAGCUGCAUCCGUGAAAGAAGCCCUGGAGCAACUGGUUGGUCGCGAUGAACUAGAGGGUGUAACCUGCUCGAAAACGAAGCAGGAGGUAGCCGCCUGGCAGCAAGUCACACUGGAGGAGCUGCCCGUGGUACUUAUUCUCCAUUUGAAGUGUUUCGACUACAAAAUGGACGGCUGCACCAAGAUACUGAAAACGCUGGACUUUCCGAUUGAAUUGAAGAUCGAUUCAAAACUAAUGUCCUCGAAGGGUAAAAGCUAUUCGGCCAAGCAGAAGCAGUAUAAACUGUUUGCGGUGGUUUAUCACGAUGGCAAGGAAGCGUCCAAGGGCCACUACAUUACCGAUGUGUAUCACUCCGGUUACGGUAGCUGGAUUCGGUACGAUGACAGCAUUGUUAAGCCGAUCCCGGAGUACAGCGUGCUGCGCCCGCGUGCUCCCCGUGUACCGUACCUUCUAUACUACCGUCGAAUGGAUACCCAGAGCCAUAGCUCCAACAGUGACCACCGUGGUGGUGGUGGCGGCGGCGGCGAUGGUAUUGGCGGUGGCGGAGCAAGUGGUGGAGGUGGUGGCGGACGUGGAGGAUCUUCCCAUUCGAACACGUCCUCCGAACGAAACGAGCGCCAAAAUGUGCAUCAUCAUCAUCACCAUCACCAUCACGGCAACGAUCAUCAUCAUGGUCGUGGUUCGAGUGGUGGCGGUUACGGUGGCAACGGUGGAUACGGAAGUGGUGGUGGUGGCCACGGUAACAGUGGCGGCAGUCAUUACGGUAGUGGUGGUGGGGGACAGGGAAACAGUGGCCAUUACAACAGCUCGAAGUAAAAAUCGAGGAGCGAGAAACAGUAACAAUAUUCACUACGAAGAGACGUUCCGCCCGGUGAAUGAAAAUCGUGCGAAAACAACGAUUCUAGAGAGCGUUUGCCGUUGUUAAACCGCGCGCGUGCGUGUGUGUGUGCUAGAAACGUUUUAAACAUUUGACACCGUGUGUAUGUGUGGUUGCUGCCCACACCCCAUUCGCCCACAUAGUGCCGUGUGUGUGUGUGUAUGUGCGUGUUUGGUGUAACGACGGAUCUCUAGUGCGGUGGCCAGUGCAAAUCGUAUGGGCCGAAUCCGAAUCAGUAAGAAGCAACUGUUGAGCUGGAUCUUUUACCAUCUGUCCCGCAGGUUCGCGAUAGGGAUAUGUUGUUCUCCGAGUGUGUUCCAAAAGACAUCUAAAUGCGAUCACGAUAGAUACUGCCACGCUCUCUACAGCCCAACCAGAUGCGAAGAAGAUGAGUGGUUUCAGAGAGGAAAAUGACCAGCGAAAUGGGCGCGUAUAAUCGCUCUCCUGUAGAAAUGAAAAACGAAAAUGCAUAAAUGCUAUCGGCCGCCAAGGUAAGGCGUAAAAUCGAAUUAAAACACACCCACAAGCUGUUGUAAAAAACAUUGUAGUGUAGGAAGAUUGAGUAAGGUAAAGGGGGUUUUGUUUUGUUUUGGUUUGAUCCGUUUUUGUUAGAAGAGGUAGUAGCUGUAAGUAAUGUUCUCCUCGUUAUAAUUAUGGGGGUACGACAUGGUUGAAGGUGCAGAAAGCACACGUGUUAGGGAAUAGAAAAGAAUAACUCCAACAGAGCCGACGGAGUAGGCUUAUCGGCGGCAAAUGCGGUAAAAUUCGCCGCGCCAAAAACAAAAACUGCAUAUAAUUUACGAUCAGAUAAAAAAAAACGCCGCAAACAACCCAGAAUUGUAAUAUGUUUGAUGAGAUGCUAGAAGAACCGGUUGCGGUCUGCUGUAUGAGGUGUAGGGAAGCUCCUCUGGCGACAGUACAGGAUGUAAUUGCAAACGAGUCGUGCCGAGUCACUGCUGCUGUAGAUAGGUUAGGGUGUAAUUGUUACAAGCGGCGUAGUUUUGUUACUAGCCGACGCUCAACUAGCAGCAUGAGCAGCUGUUCGAUUGGGAGGAAGUAGCCUGAUUUGAACUGAACUGCUGCAACACAUUCAUCUCGAGCUGCUUCCUCCCAAACGGUCAGAAACGUAUGAAUACAAGUAUAAAAACACACACACAUACAAACAAUGGUAAAUGUAGAUGUAACGAGCAAAGGCACAUAGCAAAACCCGACGCAACGGAUAUGCAUCUAACGUUGUUAAUAAGUGUGUUGAUAUUGAGUUUAAAAACAAAACACACACACACACACACACUCAUUCACACAAAUAAAAACAAACACAAAGAAAGCGAAUACGAAAGUGCGACCAGAAUUUAAAUAUGUUUCAAUUUUCAAAAAGAAUCCCUCGGUGUGGAAUAAACGAACGCUGAUGUGUGUGUGUGUGUGAGUGGAAGUAAUGUUAGUAAUGUUAUAUACAAUAUAGGGUGCUUUCAUAUAAUGUAUCUGCCUCGGGGCGGCAUAGUCGGUAUUUAGAAAAGCUGACUGAUGUUGUAGCGUUCCUGUAAAUAGCUGCAGCCUAGGUAUAAACCAGUGCAGCGUAAAAACAUCCUUAUACUUCAUCGUCGAAAAAAAACAGUCCUAUCAAAUCCAGUGUAAAUAGAUGUGUUGUAGGUGGUUGAACUAAUACUAAGCUGAUGUUCGUUGGGCGAGUAUGGAUUCAUAGCAAGGAGCAACAUACAAAAAGGAAAGAUAAUAAUUAACCGUAAGCUCUGGUUUUUCACCUUCACGUAUGGUUUGAGUGCUGUAAAAAACAAUUCAAUCAAAUUCUGUUUAUUAUAGUAUUUGGUUGUGUUUGCGAAACAGAGUACAGGCAAAAUUUCAGUUCGUUUUCCAGUUAUAUGUUUAAGCCGAAAUCAACAACUACUACAAUGAGAUUGUUUCUCAUUCCUCCCGCACACUACCGAAGUUUUGCGACUGUGUGCCAAUCGCAAUGUAACUAGUAUUGAAGCAGUAAUACGACACAACACACUUGAAUGAUAUGUGUAGGGUUACAAAAAAAAAUCAUACAGAAGCAGAAACUAUGGUGUGGCCAUGUCAUCCUACACCAAAUACACCUCUGUAGCUGCAUACGAACCAGGCGAUAUAUGUAUAUGUUGCAGCGAAGGCAGAGCGAAAGUAAGCAAACGCUUAUAAAUAGAAAGAGGGCUGUGUAUAAAGUUAAUCACUAACAGUAACACGAUUUGUAUUUUGUGAAGCCAGAAGAGCAGACGAGAACACACACACAUAAAAACAACCCGCUAAAACAGAUUCACAACACAGACAGUUCCAAUAUCCAGCCGUUAGUAAGCGAGGACGACACAUAGGCAAUAUGGUAAGGGUUUUGCGUUUGGCUUUGGCGCAUUAUUCGCAGUUGGUGGCAUGUAUGGUUUACUUUUUAAGGGCUAGUCACAUACUGCUGCCACGUCUGUCCACUGUGUGUGUGUGUACGGUUCCGGGCUGUAAUUAUAGUCAUUUGCAAAAUGAAUCAUCUUAACCCGACAUUAUGUUUCGAUAUUUGGCGCUUCAGCCAUCAUAUUCAACUGUGUAAUGCUGCGGAUAAGGACUUUUUCAUACAUGUAUCCCCUGGAUCUAGUGACAAAUCAACUUCCGGCGGAGAGCAUGCGAUGGCAUCACUCGUGUGUUCUCCUCCUGCAACACGAAUCCCAUCCCAAAAUGCCCAAAGCUUUUAGAAUGCAAUGGAAAGCAGUAGAAAAUUUUUUGAUGAUUGCUUUAAAGGACAACAAAAAUUGCCCCGAUGUCAUAUGGUUUUGUGUGUUGAAAACUCAAAAAAAAAAAACAAAAUGCAACCUUUACUAACGCACGUGUUGGUAAAGCUGAUUGUUAACGACAUUAAAAAAAAAAAACAUCAUAAACACGUGGACAGUCAAACCAGAGUCAACUGUCAACUGGCGAUCGAUUAAUGAUCGAGGUACCGGACUUGGAACAGUAUGUAAUAGACACAAUUAGGAAGUAAGAUGAGCGAUGAGCGAUGAAUGAGAAUGUGAUGCCAGGGUAUAGCUAAACUCCAAGUGUAUACUAGCCAAAUAUGGGAGGAGAAAUAUCAUCAUCGUGCAGGAACCAAUGGGCGGGAAAAUCGUAGCUAACAUGUGCCAGAGACUGCUGCUACCUCACCAGUACAGUUGAUGGGAUGUGUGUGUGUGUGUGAUGAAUAUAGCAGAACGUAAACAAUCACAGCACUAAAGUGUUUAAAAAGGGCAAAGUGAACAGGUCCUCUAGUAGUAGUAUAUUAUACUUGACCUGCUUCCAUAGGCGUGUACUGUUGUUAGCAGAUCGAAAAGAAAGAAAAAAGAAACCCAAUAAGAUUACACUAGGUAUAGCCUUGCCGUCGGUGUACAGCGAGAAGAGAAAGAGAGAGAGAGAGAAGUUAGUUGCGUGUGUCUAGUAAGAAACAGGGAAUCGGCACUGAAAAUACAACAACGCUCCUUCCAGAAGGUGGCGGUGUCCAUUGCUAGGCCUCUCUACCGCUUCUACUCGUGUACACCUGCAUACAGAAGACCGCCCCACAGCCCUAGUAGCACCCGAGGGGAAGUCUGAGAGAAAGUUCGGGUGUUAUUAGUGUGUCGAAAGCACGAACCAAACGUGUGCGAGCGUGUACGCGAUAAUAUAUGAAACAAAAACUCUAUAUAUUUUAGAUAAGUGCACUUAUUAAUCGUAAAAAAAACAAAGAAUUACGGAGAACAAGGGGGAUGAAACGAGAUAUAAUACCGUCUGUGAACAUCGUUGUUGUGUAGGAUCGUAACAGAAAACCCAAGGCGAAGAAGGACUGAUGAUGAUGAGUUGUGUUUUUUUUUUGUUUUGCUUUUUUUGUCGGUUAUAAACGGAUGAUCGUUGUGGUGGUUUGCGGUGCAGGUGUGGAAACAAUAGGCGAUCACUCGACUUCUUUAUUUUGUUUACAGAAGGAUAGCGUUAGUAGUAGUAGCGUGCUGUAUUGAAUGAAUGAGCGUAAAACACGAAUACAAGGCAGGAGAGUGUCGUGUGUGCGUGUGAUUUCUGUGGGUUGAAUGAGGGGUUUUUUUUGGUUCUAAUUUGAUUGAUAAUACGGUGGACUGGAAGGAUGAGAGAUGAACACAGCAAGAAAAAAGCAGAAUUUUAUUUGUGCGCGCGUGUGUGUGUUUGCUCUUGUUGAGCCUCCAAUUUCCUAUAAUUUGUACCGGGGACAGCUAAAGGGCUAGGGUUAUUAAACUAUUAACCAAUCAAGUUGCAGUUUUCUUUUAUCUGCCUUACCUUUCUUUAAAUAUCGUUCUUUUUAUUUCAUUUUGCCUUAAUCCGUUUGGUCCCAUUGAUCUAAUAUUGUUGUUUUUCUUUAAUGGGAUUGUUUGUAUAUAGUCAUAGGCAUAACAAAUAAAAAAAAUCCAGCAAAAGAAAGGAGAAACAAAAAAAAAACAGUCGUAAGCGCUAGAACGUCUAGAAUUAUGUACAUGUUUCGCGAAACGUGUCUCUUCAAACUCAGGCAUACGGCGUGUGACGGGCGCAAUAGUUUGAAUUAAAAUCGCUCAAGUGUCCCGAUUGGUUCGAUUGGGAGCUCCUCUUCGGUCUGAACACUCGAUUCGAUACAUCCAAUCGACAGUGACACAAUUGGCAGGAGAUAGUGUUGAUUGUGGUAGGAGUUUUUUUUCUUCUUGCUUUCUGCAUCGAUGCGAUGAUAUAGAGAGAGUUACACUAUCCAUUAUAUCUUUAAAACUAUUAUUUAUGUAUUAUGUUUAUUUUUCCCCUUGUUUGUUUGCUUUAUGCGUCAUUUUGUUUUUUCAUGUAUCAUCUAACGCUAACGUAGCAAGAGGGCGGAUACGGUUAUUGUGUUGUGUGUGUGUGUGUGGGGGUUGAUCUACGGUUAUUGUGUGACGCUUUCCGGAACGGAACGGCUUCCACCCACCGGGGACCGAACGAUUAUACCAUUGAAUGAGGAAUAGUAGCGAACUAAGACACGUCUAGCCGCGGAACUGUUAAAAAUGCCCGAUAACUGACAAAAACGGUAACCCGCGAGAAGGAAUGAGAGUUAAACUCCUGUCCUUUCUCUGUGAGAUGAAAAAAAAACAACAACAAAACACUGAGCUGAGGGAAAGAUAUGAGUCACACAGGGAGAAGGUGAGCGCUACAAGGUAAAAAAAAAAAUCCGUUAAACCCACACCCGUGUGAUAAGGAUUGGCGCGGCGGAGUUGGGGAAAGAUAAUUCCAAUAUGGGAAGGUAAUAUGAUUGUCAGUUCUUCAAUUAUUGUUAACACAAAUCUUUGGUUUCCUUUUUCGUCUUCAAAAUGCGCGCGCGCCAACUUUGAGGGAAGAAACAAGUUACAACAGACUCAAGUCCGCGUUGUAAUUGUUUUUGAUACAUUUUUUUUCGUCGAGCGGCGUUCCAAAAAUGAUAAGAUCGGAUCAAUCUUUUGUAUGACACACUGAACUGAAACACACACACACACACAUAAAAGAUGAAAAAAAGUUUAAAAAUAGAUAUGGAGAAAAUACGUUAUGAAUCUCCGCAUCUCACAGCCGUAAUAGCCGUACUAGCUAAAGAAAAAGGAAUUCAGAACAACAAAAAAGCUUAGGUCAAAAUUAAAGAAAGGCAGGAACAAAAUUUAGGAGGAAAAAAUUAUAUAAAAAAAACAACCGGUAACACUGUAAAAGUGUAAGGCAAAAUAAAGACGUGGAGUCGAAAUAGUGUGCGCAAAGAAGAAAGAAAUAGGGCAAAAACAAAAAAGAAGCAAACAAAAUUAAAAGAACGCAUAACAAAAUAAAAGAAAAGAAGUGUAAAUCAGUAACGCAAACUGUGUAUAAUUUAUAAACAUCCCCGGCUAGGCAAAGGAGCUAAAUAAAAACAAAACUAAUUGCAAAGUGUAUUGCAAACAAUGUCUGGUUAGAAUGCUAGUAAUUAAAAAUGAAACAACAAACAUGAGUGCAGAAGGAGAAUGAAGUAAGAAGCAUGAUGGGAGGGAAAUGAAAGCAGCAGAACGGUAUAUAUUCUAUAUAUACACCAUUAUACAACACAAAGUAAAAGCAGAAAACAACAAAAAAAAAACAACCACACACAAGUAGUUAUGGCUUUGGAAAAAUAAAACUAAAGAGAAGGAUUAAAAAGGAGAAGGCAACAAAAAUGAAGGUGAAACGAACAAACGGCUCCUAUAAGCACCUCUUUAGGAUAGAGCAAAAUCUGUGGAUGGCCGGGGAAGAUGGGAAAGGCAAAACGAAAUGUAACAAAACAAAAACACUUAGAAAAUAUUAUGAAAAUAGUACACAAAAACACACACACCUCUAGUAUCACUAACAAAACUAUUGAAACAAGAAUAAGAACUUCCCCCGCGCCCCCCGGAAAUAACACAUUUUGCUGCAUAAUGGUUUUGUGUUUCCAUUCCUUGAAUUAUUUCAACCAAA